UGCAGAGAGGACACAGAGACCGGAAAAAAGUUGGGAGAGAGAGAAGAAUGAGCGAGGAGUUGAACAGGGACUACCGCAUCGGAGACGAGAUCGGUCGCGGCCGCUUCGGAGUCGUCUACCGGUGCUACUCGCCGGAUUCCGGUGAGAUAUUUGCCGUCAAGACCGUCGAUAAGUCGCUCCUCUCUGACGCAGUCGAUUUUGAGUGCGCUGAGCGGGAGGCCAAGAUUACGCAGCUUGCGUCUGUCGGGAACCCCCACGUCGUCCAGAUUCACGCAGUCUAUGAGGACGAGACUGCGAUUCACCUUGUGAUGGAUCUAUGCGAGGGUGGAGAUCUCUUUGAUCGGAUUGCUGCAUGCGAGGGAGCGCCGAUGGGGGAAGCGGAUGCGGCCGCGGUGAUAACGGUGCUUAUGGAGGCCUUGGCGAUUUGUCAUCAGCGGGGAGUCGCGCACCGGGACGUGAAGCCGGACAACGUGUUGUUUGAUGGCGAGGGGAGGCUGAGGCUGGCGGACUUUGGCUCGGCGGAGUGCUUCGGGGAUGGGGUACCGAUGAUCGGAGUGGUCGGAACUCCGUACUAUGUGGCGCCGGAAGUGGUAGCGGGGAGGGAGUAUGGAGAGAAGGUUGAUGUGUGGAGCGCUGGCGUGGUCCUCUACAUAAUGCUGGGUGGAAUCCCACCCUUCUACGGCGAGACGGCGACGGAGAUCUUUGAUGCUGUGCUACGAGGAAAUCUCCGCUUCCCGACGAGAGUUUUCGGCGGGGUUUCGCCGUUGGCCAAGGACCUGAUCCGCCGGAUGCUCUGCAAAGACGUUUCCCGCCGCUUAUCCGCCGAGCAAGUUCUCAGGCAUCCAUGGAUUACAAGUGUUGGGGGAAGCAGAUGUGUUGCAAACCAAACCUGAAAGUUGAGAAUCUGGUAGAGAAAGUAUGGGACGAGAAUGAACAAAAAAGGAAAGAGUAAGUAUGGCAAAUCCGCAUUAACUAAUAAUCCGGUGAUGUAAAUACGCUUUAUCCUAGUCUGUGCAUGAAGGUGAAAGAAGAUAGCUUUGCUUUCCCUUUUGCUUAGUUCUCUAACUACGAGUAUCGUUUUGGUUAAACCAUUGUAAAAACCAUCUUUCCUGAGUUGUGCGGUAUCUGUAAAGAGGAAUAUAUUGUUAAUAAGACGCAAAGUUUCCUUUGUUUUUGUUUUU